AUGGCCCGGAGAGGGGGCUGUGCGCUGCUGGCGCUGUGCGGCUCGCUGGCCGCCUGUGCCUGGCUCCUGGGCGCCGAGGCCCGGGGAGCUGGGGGCCCUGUGGCGGGCGCGAGGCGGCGCCGGCGGCCGCAGGAGGACGGCAUCUCCUUUGAGUACCACCGCUACCCAGAGCUUCGUGAGGCGCUCGUGUCCGUGUGGCUGCAGUGCGCCGCGGUCAGCAGGAUCUACACGGUGGGGCGCAGCUUCGAGGGCCGCGAGCUGCUGGUGCUCGAGCUGUCCGACAGCCCCGGCGUCCACGAGCCGGGUGAGCCUGAAUUUAAAUACAUUGGGAAUAUGCAUGGCAAUGAAGCUGUCGGACGGGAGCUGCUCAUUUUUCUGGCCCAGUACCUGUGCAAUGAGUACCAAAAAGGGAAUGAGACAAUUGUCCAGCUGAUCCAUAACACCAGAAUCCACAUCAUGCCUUCCCUGAACCCUGAUGGCUUUGAAAAGGCAGCAUCUCAGCUUGGUGAGCUGAAGGACUGGUUCGUGGGUCGAAGCAAUGCCCAGGGAAUAGAUCUGAACCGGAACUUUCCAGACCUGGACAGAAUAGUUUAUGUUAAUGAGAAAGAAGGUGGUCCAAAUAAUCAUCUAUUGAAAAAUCUGAAGAAAAUUGUGGAUCAAAACACAAAGCUUGCUCCUGAGACGAAGGCUGUCAUUCAUUGGAUUAUGGAUAUUCCUUUUGUGCUCUCUGCCAAUCUUCAUGGAGGAGACCUUGUGGCCAAUUAUCCAUAUGAUGAGACGCGGAGUGGUAGUGCUCACGAAUACAGCGUCUGCCCAGAUGACGACAUCUUCCAAAGCUUAGCUCGGGCAUACUCAUCCUUCAACCCCCCGAUGUCGGACCCAGAUCGGCCCCCAUGUCGCAAGAAUGAUGAUGACAGCAGCUUUGUAGAAGGAACGACCAAUGGCGCUGCAUGGUACAGCGUGCCUGGAGGAAUGCAAGAUUUCAAUUACCUCAGCAGCAACUGCUUUGAGAUUACUGUGGAGCUUAGCUGUGAAAAGUUUCCACCUGAAGAGACUUUGAAGAACUACUGGGAGGAUAACAAAAACUCCCUCAUUAGCUACAUUCAUCAGAUACACCGAGGAGUUAAAGGAUUUGUCCGAGAUCUUCAGGGUAACCCAAUUGCUAAUGCCACCAUCUCUGUGGAAGGAAUAGACCAUGAUGUCACAUCUGCAAAGGAUGGUGAUUACUGGAGAUUGCUCGUUCCUGGAAACUAUAAACUUACAGCCUCAGCACCAGGCUAUCUGGCAAUAGCAAAGAAAGUGGCAGUUCCUUAUAGCCCUGCUGUCAGGGUUGAUUUUGAACUGGAGUCAUUUUCUGAAAGGAAAGAAGAAGAGAAGGAAGAAUUAAUGGAAUGGUGGAAGAUGAUGUCAGAAACUUUAAACUUUUAA